GCCAGAGCCAAGGACCAGAGAGAUUACAAAUAGCAUCUUACUCUCUCUGUCGCACUAACGAGUAGUUGGGUGGGGGAGGCCCCCCCGAAUGCGAGGGAAGCCCCCCCCCCCCAGCAAAGCUGGAGCGAGCAAGUGCACUGCGGUUGCUGCUAAUGUGCUGCCGGCACAUAUGAGUAGCUUGCAUCACGGAGCGGAGACGCGUCAGGAUGGGGGCGUGCUUCUACUGCGGCAUGGUGUGGCCGCUGGUUCACAGCCUUGGACAGCGCCUCGUUGAGGACUCGGCCGACUACCUGGUGGCGCUGAGACGCCGUCUGCUGUACUCGCGCUACGACGACGUGCUCCCCCCGGAGCACGUCCCCGCCGUGGGAAGUCGCACGUCUGCCUCAGGUUCUUUCUGGUCGUGUCUGGGUCGUGUGGAUGCAGAGAGAGUGAGAAGCGAAUUGGCGAAGUAAAUAGUUGCGUCUGUCCGCGAUACCUUUUGCCAUUUCCGUACCACCCUGACCGACCCAAACCCACCUGCUAUAAGAACCUUGUGUGAUUUUCUGUCUCGUGUAAUAAGAUCCACGUAGUACAGCUAGGAUCGUGGGGGCACGCUGUCCCCUGUCUCAAGGCUGGGCCGAGGCUGGGUUAUGCUUUCCGACAAUAAUAGUGAUCGCUGCGGAGGGCCGCCGCCCCCCAGGUGGACGCUGCAUGGGGCAGCACGCGCCGCUACGCGCCGCGGUGUAGGCUAGCCCGCCCAGCCUCGGGGCCGCAGUCCAUGCCGUGUCGUUGUUCUCCGCGGACCGACUGCACCCGCCCACCCUGAGACUUCCCUGCCCCCCGCGCUGAGCAAGUAGUCUUCGUGUAGCGUGUUUCGGACCUCCGCGUUAGCUAAAAGUGCGUUGCUGAUUCGCGGUGUGAGUCAGAGCCGGACUGCUGACUGUGCUGGAGGACUAUGGACGUUGGAAGCGCGUGUCACCUGUGAACACCCCGCCGGAGACAUGCAGUGCGUUUCCCAGCUGCCGCAGCCGUCGCUGGUGCGCCGUCAGAUCGAGCAGCUGCAGCAGUCGGCCGCGUCCGGGCGACUUCCCCCGCACCUCAGCGGCACCCCGUUGCGCCCGCGCCUCACCCGCGCCCGCACCAACCUGGACGUGGUGUGGCGCUCGCUGGACCGCGGGGAGCGCAGCGAGAACCGCGACCCGCGGCGCGAGCCCUCCGGGUCCGAGGCGAAGCGGCCGUCCGAGGCUGCAGGUGCGGCGCAGGCGCGGCAGGAGGGCCGGUCGCUGGGCGGGGUGACGGCGCUGGUCAGCAGGUCCGUGACGCACUUGAACCUCUGCGCACCCCCGGUGACCCCCGUGCAGCUCCCUCGCCAGCCCCUCCGCGUGCUCCAGGCCUCCAACAAUGUAUCGGCCGUGCCCGUAGCCGUGACUUCCCCCGCGUUGGACGCCGUGUAUCAGACCAUCGAUGAGAAGACCACCGCGGACACUGGGGCCGUCACACACUACGACAAGCCCGUGUCGCCUCCCGUGCCUGUGGACCCAGCCAAACGCAAACGCAAGGCCGAGCUCGGGGCCCAGCUGGGCCUCACGGGGAGCCCGGGGGUCACGGCGACCAUGAAGCCAGUCCCUGACGGUGGCCACCGCACCCUGCCGCGCAAACUCACGAACAUGUCGGUCGUGGAGAUCAACAUCGACAUAGCAACCGAGCCCUCGGGGCGCAACUCUCACCCAUGCCAUGGCGCGGCCCUGAGUCCCACCGCCGACUCCACUUCGACCCUCCCGUUGAAGAAGUCAGCGCGUGGCAGUCAGUUGUGGCGAAGGUUUUCUUCCUUUAACCCAUGUAGUCGCUGGGACGACUGGAACAACGCCAAGAAGUGUGAUGGGAAGAGGUCUUCUACCACUGCCAAAAGUCAGGUAUCGGAUCCACGACCUCCAGUUCCCAACAGACCUCUUCCACCAACUCCAAGACCGCAUCCAGAAACAAAUAGCUCACCAGAGACAUCCAAAGGAGGACUGUGUAUAUCAAAUUUGGAACACCAACCGUGGUUUCAGAAUGUUGAUCGCAAACAAGCUGAAGAACUUAUUAAAAAUGGUAUUGAUGGUUAUUUUCUCAUUCGACCGUCGUCUCAAUCUCAAAAUCCUUUAACAUUAACUCUCUGGUUUAAUAAUAGAGUGUACAAUAUUAGUGUCCGCCAAAGGAAAGAUGGACGCAUUGCUCUUGGUUUUGAAAAACCAGAUGAACAGAGUUUCUCGUCAAUCGAAGAAAUGGUUAUAAACUACCAAUCGGAGAACCUUCUGCUCUUCAGCCGCAAUGAGAGAACAGGACGUACUGUCUUAACCAAAUCACCUCCAAGAGAAAUUUAGGUUACAUUUUAUUUCUCGUUUUUAAGACUUCAUAUUUACAUCUAAGACAAUGUUACCUUCAUUUAUUUUUUUGACAAACUGCUGUACUUAUUUUUUAAUUAGGUUUUGAACAGUGUUUAAUUAGAUUAUUUAUUUUGUGAUAACUUUUUUAUUGAUCAAGGCUUUUAUGAUAUGGAUUUAUUGUGAUUUUAGAGACUCUUUUAAACAAGGGCAGUUUAGUAUU